ACUUCCGCCGCUGGUGUCCACCCGCAGGUAGCGGUGUCGAGCGUCGAGCUCCCAGAAGCGAGCUGGUGAGGGGCUGCAGGUGGCGGAGCAGUCUCCUUAGGCGGUAUGAGUUUGGCUGGGGGCCGGGCACCCCGGAAGACCGCUGGGAACCGGCUUUCCGGGCUUCUGGAGGCAGAGGAGGAAGAUGAGUUCUACCAGACGACUUAUGGAGGUUUCACAGAGGAAUCCGGAGAUGAUGAGUAUCAAGGGGACCAGUCAGAUACAGAGGACGAAGUGGACUCUGACUUUGAUAUUGAUGAAGGGGAUGAACCAUCCAGCGAUGGAGAAGCAGAAGAGCCAAGAAGGAAGCGCCGAGUAGUCACCAAGGCCUAUAAGGAGCCUCUCAAGAGCUUAAGGCCUCGAAAGGUCAACACCCCGGCUGGUAGCUCUCAAAAGGCCCGAGAAGAGAAGGCACUACUGCCACUAGAACUACAAGAUGACGGCUCUGACAGUAGGAAGUCCAUGCGUCAGUCUACAGCUGAGCAUACACGACAAACGUUCCUUCGGGUACAGGAGAGGCAGGGCCAGUCAAGACGGCGAAAGGGGCCCCACUGUGAGCGGCCACUAACCCAGGAGGAGCUGCUCCGGGAGGCCAAGAUCACAGAAGAGCUUAAUUUACGUUCACUGGACUUGAUCCUGCUCCCUCAGCGUCUGCAUUGACUCCUCACGCUGGGACGGGACCCGUCAACGCCCCUGCUCGCUGCUCACGUACCUUCAUCACUUUUAGUGAUGAUGCAACUUUCGAGGAGUGGUUCCCCCAAGGGCGGCCCCCAAAAGUCCCUGUUCGGGAGGUCUGUCCAGUGACCCAUCGUCCAGCCCUAUACCGGGACCCUGUUACAGACAUACCCUACGCCACUGCUCGAGCCUUCAAGAUCAUUCGCGAGGCCUACAAGAAGUACAUUACUGCCCAUGGACUGCCACCCACUGCCUCAGCCCUGGGCCCCGGCCCGCCGCCACCUGAGCCCCUCCCUGGCUCUGGGCCCCGAGCCUUGCGCCAGAAAAUUGUCAUUAAAUGAAGAGACGUCUAGUCCUCAGAAACUUCUUUCCUGCCCUGAUUGGGGCUCUUGCUGUUCCAUCUCCUCUCCCUGCUUCUCCCCUUUGUCACCUCUGAUCUUUGCCCUAUCUUUUCUCUAUUUCUUUCUCUUUUUCCCCUAGUUCUUACAGGUUUCGUUGUGUUUUUUAAUCUAAUAAAAUAGAAAGAUCCCUUUUGUCUGGUGUCCAGUCUAGGUUUGGGAGCAAGAAGUAUUUAUGAAUACCUAAAUAUAUUUGGGUCUUUAUUUGAUAGCAUUUAUUAUGAGCUGUCGUUUCUAAAUUGUAUUCAUUCCUCCAGCUAAAUUAUAAACAUCUGAAAAUUGCACACCAAAA